AUGAACCCUUCUGAUAGGAGUCACAACAACACCAGUGGUGACAGAUUUGUCACCACGACUGGCGGCAGAAGCAUUCCGAAACAGAUCCACAUUGCUCACAGAAGGUCUGCCAGCGAGCUGACCAACCUUAUGAUAGAGCAGUUCACACUUCAAAGACAAUUGGAAAUUGUGCAGGCUCAGCAGCAGCAACUGAUCGCACAGCAACAGCAGAUGGCCCAGCAAUCGGGCCAGUACCCUGGAUCCGGGUUCUCGCCCGCAAAUCAAGGCUCGUUGGGCGGUCCUGGCGGCCACGUGAACUCCUUUGUUCCACAGCCACCUCACCCUAUGUACAGCAACACGGCCACUCCUUUGUCGUCGAACCAGAACAGCAGAAGCAGGUCGCAUUCCAGAAACAACUCAGGCUACUACAACAACAACAGCAACAACAAUAAUAACAAUCCACAGGGAAACAGUUCCAACAACGAUGCAAAUGCAACUUUUGGAGGUCAUCGUAAGACGGGAUCUCAGUCAAGCGUUUAUGGCCAUAACAGAAGACACUCACUAGGACUCAGCGAAGCCAAGAAAGCAGCAGCUGAAGAGCAGGCGAAAAGGGCCAGCAGUGGAAUCUCCAUCAAGGUUGACGACGCCGAGACUUUUGAACCCGUCAGAAACGAACGUUCAGAAACUGCAGAACAGUCCGGCUUCAAAUUCCCACCAUCUCCCGAAGAAUCAUCAAAAGGUGGGGCCACACCUCACACGCUCAGAAACACAAGCACGUCUCCUCAGAAAAAUUUCGAGUUUCCCGCAACCAAGGAAAAUCGGGAUGACUUUACUCCUAGCGGUACUCCACUCAGAUCUGCUAACAACAGGAACAAGGAAAGCUCGGGAAUCAAUGCUAACUGGCGCUCGCAGCAACAGACUUCUGGCACUCCUGGAAAUCUAGCCUUGCAGCAACAGCCUCAACAGUUGCAACAGCAACACCCCAAUUUUCCUCAUAAGAAAAGUCAAUCGAGAGAAGUUGCAGGGUUUGGUGCUCUGGAACCACCUGCAGUUUUCCAACCUGGCCAUCGUUCCCGCAACUCGAACUUGUCGUCACACAGUUUCGGUUCCAACAAUAACGGUGGUAACCAAAACGGUAGAAAAUCACUAUUUGCUCCUUACCUGCCACAGGCCAAUAUUCCUGAACUAAUUGCAGAAGGCAGACUUGUUUGUGGUAUACUUAGAGUCAACAAGAAAAAUAGAUCCGAUGCGUGGGUAUCUACAGACGGUGUUUUAGAUGCUGACGUAUACAUUUGCGGCUCGAAAGACCGUAACAGAGCGUUAGAAGGAGAUCUUGUUGCCGUAGAGUUAUUGAUGGUUGAUGAUGUUUGGGGCUCAAAGAAGGAGAAGGAGGAAAAGAAGAGAAGAAAAGACGCUAGCAGUCAGCAGGAUAUCCCGCUCAACAGCAAUGACGACUAUCACAACGAUGCCUCUUCUCGCACAAUGCCAGCGUCGUCGUCUUCCACUUCUAUCAAUUCCGCAGAAAAAACUGAUCAGUCAUCACCAUCCAAAUCUGGUAGCAUCAAGAGAAAGGGAUCUUUGAAACAACGUCCUACUCAAAAGAAAAACGAUGACGUUGAAGUAGAAGGUCAAUCUUUGCUGCUAGUUGAGGAGGAAGAAAUCAGCGAUAGCUACAAACCUCUUUACGCUGGCCAUGUCGUUGCAGUGCUUGACCGUAUUCCUGGUCAGCUUUUCAGCGGAACCCUUGGCCUGUUGAGGCCAUCGCAACAAGCUAACAGCGAUGCAAACAAGCCUAACAAACCUAAGAUUGUUUGGUUUAAACCAACAGACAAGAAGGUUCCUUUGAUUGCCAUUCCAACGGAGCAAGCACCAAAAGACUUUGUUGAAUGUGCUGAUAAGUAUUCCAAUAAGCUGUUCGCUGCCUCGAUAAAGCGCUGGCCCAUUACUUCGUUACAUCCAUUCGGUACCCUAGUCUCACAGCUAGGAGAGAUCAACGAGCCUGAGACUGAGAUUGAUGCCAUUCUUCGCGACAACAACUUUUUAUCUGAUGAGUAUCUGGACCCUCAGGAUCGUACUAAGGAAAGAACCACCUUUCAACCUACUGCUUUGUCGGAAGAGAACAUUGGCGCCCGGAAGGUCUUUAAUGACGCAUUUGCUGUGUACGAGACUGGUCUGUUGUCUGACCUUGCACUUCAUUUGCAAACUUUCAGCGAUGGAUCAUUCGAGGUCGGCUGUCAUAUUCUUGACGUUACGGCACACAUCGAGGAGGGCUCGUCUCUAGACAGAAGAGCAAGAAAGCGGUCUUCAAGUGUUUUCAUACCCCAAAAGGUUGUUAAUUUACUACCACAAACUUUGAACGAAGCUCUCACACUAAAGACCGGGAAAUCUUCAGCAACCAUCUCAGUCGUUUACGGCUUUGACACGAACUUCAACAUAACUUCCACAUGGCUGGGUGAGAGCAUAGUUACUCCAGCAUCUACAAUCACGUUUGAAGAGCUCAACACCCAGCUUGAUUCAAGUUCACCUUCAUUGUUUGCCUCCACCAUUCAGAAGGUAGCAUUGGCCUUCUGUCGCAAGCGCUUAAACUCACAGGCUGCGCUCUUGCGACCGGAACUCUGCUUGCUCGAAAGCCUCGACGACGAAAAGGUAAAAGCCGAUAUCAACAUUUUCCACGCUGACAUGGCAACGUCUGUCGUAACAGAGAUUGAGCGCCAAGUGAAUGGCACUGUUGCCCAGACAGUCUACGAGAGGCUAGGAGACCUUGCCUUUUUGAGAAGACAAUCUAAGCCUAUUACGACAAAGCUAGCUUCUUUCCAGAAAAAGGCUGCCAGGCUCGGAUAUGAAAUUGACAUUACCAACUCUCAGACUGUUUUGAAUUCAAUUAUUGCGAUAAAGGAUGAAAAUGCCAGAAUUGGUGUCGAAGUCCUUCUUUACAAAUGCCUAGGGCGUGCGAAAUACUUUGUUGCCGGGAAAGUUGAUCCUGAUCAACUUGAUCAUUUUGCUUUGAAUACGCCACUCUAUACCCAUUUCACUGCUCCUUUGAGAAGAUAUGCUGAUCAUGUUGUACAUCGUCAACUGAAAUCUAUUUUAGCUGGCUUGCCAUACAAUGAGAAUGAUGAUUCUCUAAAAAUCACUUCGGAGUAUUGCAACUUCAAAAAGGACUGUGCUCAUCAUGCACAAGAACAAGCAGUUCACUUGCUUCUAUGCAAAACCAUCAAUGACAUGGGGAAUUCAACAGGUCAAAUUUUGACCAUGGCCACUGUGCUGCAGGUGUACGAAUCAGCGUUUGAUGUCCUAAUUCCCGAAUUUGGUAUUGAGAAGCGGGUACAUGGAGAUCAAUUACCGCUAAUAAAGGCAGAAUACGAUGGCAAUGAGCGUGUCCUCGAACUCUAUUGGCAAGCGGGUGUUGAUAGCGCCACCUUUGUUCCUGCUGACGAGAAAAAUCCAAAGUCCUACCGCAACUCCAUCAGAAACAAGUUCAAGUCUGCUUCUAACGAAAUUGCGACGGUGCAAUACCAAAAAGAGCAAGAGAAACUAGGAAUGCUCACGGAAGACUUUGCCACGCAACUCAGCAAACUGCAAAUUGACCCACCAUCCUUGAAACUUCCUGUUAACGAACAGAUCGAUGAACCACUUUUGGGAUAUUUGUCAGAAGUCAUUACCAGACAAGCCAAUGAUCACAAUAUCCAGGAGAUCAGGGAACUGCACCGGGUUCCUGUUCUACUCCGGGCAGAAGUGGGAAUGGCCCUGCCAUGCUUAACUGUGCGUGUGCUGAAUCCAUUUUUAUCGCGGAAAGGCUAA